AUGUUUCUGGACACAUCUGACUCCCUGCCUCCACUGACCCCCAUGGCAUCGACAGGGGAGGAGCAGUCGCCAGCCGUACUGGUCACUGCCAACUUGGAUCCCCAAAAGACUCAGAAUCGCCUCUCUGGUGGCCGUGUAAACCCUCUGCGUCAUGGUUCUGGGCAAAGUGUGGUGUCUCAGCCUUCAAGCGGCCGCGGGAACCCAGCUGUGUCUAGUCUUGUACAUUGGUCAGCUCUGCUGUCUAUGCUGGCGGUUGUGGUGGUAACCCUCAGCUGCUAUCGUCACUUCUACCCGCACACAGGGCCGCAAAGGAGGAUCCGGCGACUGGCAAAUUGGGGAGGCAGCUGGGGCCAUGGGAGAUCCGCAAUAAAUGGGAUUCGAUGGUCCCAUGGUCCCGAUGAUGACCCGGAGCUCUCUGCCGUCCUCGAGAUGUGUUUGGACAUGGAAGAAGAGAAUUCUGGGCUGCUCACGCUCCAUUCUACUUUUCUGCCGCAGUAUCCUGGUGAGAAUUUGGCGAGACAGCGAGUGGCGCCUGCGACUUACCUCACCCCAGAGGUAAGGACCGAAGAAGCGGCGACUUACUUUACCCCAGAUAUGCAGGCCGAACAGCUGUUCCACGAUAUCGCGAUGACUGGACCGAGUCACUUGAGCACGCUCGGGGAGUCAUUCCAACAUAGCCAGCUCCUGCCCACAUACAUGCAACAGUCCGGCUGGCUGACCGAAACCAGCCAACUGCACAAGUCCCACCAGUUUGGCCAGCAGAGCGAAGCCGACCAGCUCUAUGGGCUUGACGACUUGAAGGGGUCCAUCGAGCUUAGUCGGAAUAACGAGGUGAAACGGCCUGACCAGCUGAGUGAGCGCAUCCAACUGCAACUGCUUUAUGAUUUGAGCGAGCCAAGCGACCUUUAUGAACCCAUGGAUUUAAACACCGCCAAUAAGCCCACUUAUAUGCACAAUGAGGAAAACCAGAACCAGCUCCGCGGGUGGAGCACGCCUAACCAUUUUCAGCAUUUCAGCCAGUUAAGCCAUUCUGGCCAAGGGAAUGGUCCCAUUCAACAGGAACAGAUCAGCAGCCCUAUCCAGCUGACCCCCCACAGUCAGCUGCAGCCGCCAAGGCCGACAGUCCAGCCCGGCCAACCCAACCAUAUGUACCAAAACAGUUUGAAAGGCGAACCCAACGGUUAUCCCCCCCAUUUCAGCGACUCAACCUUACAAAGCCAGGAGGAGGAGCCGCCCUCCAAGCGGCUGAAGACCAGUCAGCUGCGGGACCCCAGCUAUUUGAAUCAUCACGGCCAGGACCGUCAUUGUGACCAGCCCAGGCAGCCGUUGUCACACAGACAAGAGCACGAGCAACGCGAGCCUGAACAUCUUGGCCAGCUGGGUUGUUUUAACCAGCAGGAAGGGCCCUGCCAGACGCCCCAGGCCAGCCCGCUGGAACAGCCCAACCUGCUGCACUCGCAAAGUCCAGCAAGCCAGCCUGGCCAGCCCACCCAGCGCAGCAUGACCGAAGAUUCAGAGCAGCCCAUAUCGCUCGUGCAGAAGAGCCCAUCGGCCCAAAUGCAGCAGCCCCUCAAUUUGAGCCGGACCGUUCACGCCCACCAUACAGACCAGCCGAAAGGGGCCCACUGCCUCAGCAGACCCAGCCAGCCGAGCCCAUCCACUCAGGGGCACCAGCAGAGUCAACUCCAAUGUUCCGACGAGCGAAGUUAUUCAGAUCAGCAGAAAGAAUUCAUCCAGGUGCAACAGGCGAGCCCACUGGUACAGCCCAAUCACCUGCACUCGCCAAGUCAAGCAAGCCGGUCUGGCCAACCCACCCCGCACAAAGAGACCAAUGAGACAUACCAGCCCACUUCGCCCAUGCGGGCAAGCCUGUCAAUCCAGGCGCAGCAGCCCUAUCACUCGAGAGCGCCCGGCGAGGACCAGCGUCCUCAUGUACCCACACAGCCGGGCCCGCUCACAGAAGUGCAGUGUCCCAGCAAGUUGAGCUAUCCUUGCCUGCCAAGUAAUCCCCUCGAUCAGGAACAACCCAACGAGGCGCACUCGCCAAGCCGUUUGAUCCGGUCUACCGAUUUUAGUAAUUCCCUUUUGCCAUCGGCCUCUCUCGAGGGUUCGUUUCUUGCGUUACUGCAACACUCUCCCGUGGACGUCGAAGCGGAGGACUUUGACGUAACCACUUGGCUCAAUCCAGGUAAAAACAGGUUUAAGCUUUCUGUGGGAGAGUCUGGAUCUCCAUCGCCUGUCCCUAGCCACUGUCCAGCUACGGGCUCGGAGCCAGAGACAUUUUGCAGCUCGAAAUAUUCAGAAGUACCAUCAGUUGAUGAUCCAGAGCAGGCUCUGCGGAACGUUCUCGUCGUCAGUACGUCUUCUGUGGAUCCCGUUGCUACGAACAACACACAAAAAGACAGCCCUGAGGAGGCUGAAACUCAAAGCAAGAGAAAGCCAAGGACCAGAGCUCGAAAGAAACGAUGGCAGUUCCAUGAGUACCAAUAUUCGGGUCCUUCAGUCAAGGGAGUGCAGCGGAGACGACGGCAGAACUCAAGUCAAAAGUCCCGUGCCUGCGUCCCAGUAGCGCUGCCUGUGAAGGAGAAGGUGAGUGAGACUCCCCCUCGAAAAGGCUCUGGUUCAGAGGAAACCCUGGAACAGGAGCCGAAGGAAAAGGAAAAACAAAGCAAAGACAAAGAAAACGAAGACGGGGAUGUCUUAACACGAUGUAGCUCUGUGCAAUACGUCGUUGUCGGUCCCCCUGAAACCCGCGGCACGCAACCAGAUAGUGCGGCGAGCCAGCCGACGGAGGAGAGGCCAAGCCGCCCGGCACCGGCCGAAAGCGACCCUGCAGGGGGAAGCACAUUCUUUGGAUUUGAUUAUCUGGAAGAGCAGGAAGACGAGGAGGAUGAUUUUCUUAGGAACCACCCAUUUUUCAGGCUUCCGAGACUGCAACCAGGGGUGAAGGUGCAGCAGUUUUGUGUGACUAGUGCGUUUGCCUUCCCCAACAUGAUCAGGCACCCUUCCCAGACUCUUGGGUACAUGCGCACUGCGUUGGCGGGCGACACCCUUGGGGAGAGCGAGGCCAACGGAGUUGUUCUGGCGGCACAGCGGGCCGUGAGCCAUCUGCUCCACUUCCACCAGGAAGAAGUCCCGGAAAAACGCGUUGCCAACGCAGUGUUUGUACUCGCAAACCGUUUCCUCAUUCUAGACUCACUACUCUGCGCGAUUGAGGUUUUGGGGCCCGCUAUGGUUCCUCAUCUGUGGUGGGAUGAUCUAUCCCGUGCUAUUCCCUCUGAUGUCGACCCGCAACACUUCCAACACCACAACGAAACCGGCUGGCAUUUGCAGGAACUUGCACUCAGACUAAGCACAGCGGUGACGAAGCUGAAGAAAGGUCACCGGCUACGACCUAAAGAAACAGUAAACCUCAAGCGUGAGCUCUUCUGUGAUGAGCUUUCACCUGCAGCCUUCAGAAAGAGAAAGUGGAAUUCCUGGAGGACCGAUGACGACGCUUUCAUGCGUCAUGCGCUGCCGGCGUUUUGUAAACAGAAUAAAAGUACGUGCCCGUAG